CCAUGGCGGAGGCGGCGCAGGGCCGGGUGCAGGCCGCGGUGGAGAGCGCGGUGCAGGGGCUGGAGCGGGAGCAGAUCCGCGGCAUGCAGGGCGCCAUGUUCCGCUGCAGCGCGCGGUGCUGCGAGGACGCCGCAGCCUCCAUGCAGGAGGUGCAGCGCUGCAUCGAGCGCUGCCACGCGCCCCUGGCCCGCGCCCAGGCCAUCGUCACCGCCGAGCUCGAGCACUUCCAGGACCGGUUGAGCCGCUGCUCGCUGCAGUGCUCGGACCAGGCCAAGGACGCCCUGGACUCGGGGGGCUCGGAGCCGCGCGUGCGGGGCCAGCUGGACGCCUGCCUGGCCACCUGCGGGGAGCAGCACCUGCGCCUCGUGCCCGCCAUGGCCAAGAAGAUGCGGGACGGGCUGGCCAGCAUCCAGCAGUGACAGCGGGGACACCCCCGGGACACCCCGGGGACACCCCCGCAGCAGCACACACUCAUUAAAGGCUAAGGUUCAUGGACAAGAAGCUGUCGUGUGAGUCGUGGAACUGAUCCCACCCCGAUCCUCUGCCCCGGGACCCCCGGCCCGCCCUGAUGCCCUCACGGUGCCCGGGGACCCUCACGGUCAUCGACGAGUGCGUGGAGAUGGCGGCGGGCAGCGGAGCAAUAUCGGCAGGGUGCUGAGGGCACUGGGAACGGGGUGGUGAGGGCACUGGGAG